AAGUAUUCUCAUUUUCGUACUUGCAUGUGCAACUGUCAGUUGAAACAGAUGCACAGAUAACAUGAGAUGCUAGAAAGAAGACAGAAGAGGCAAAACAGCUCACAUUCAAUAAGGGGAUUGUUGGAAAUUUUGCAUAAGUCUUCUACAAGCUGAAGUAAAUUUGCCCUGGAAAAGUCCCUAAAGACAGUGUCAUUUGAUAGUGCAUUACCCAUAACUGAUUCAAUCUAAUUUCCAAAGAAUGAAGCUUUAAAGUUUAUCUGAGUCAAAACGUAUUUCCUCCUCAUACUACUGGUGUUUUAAGUGCAUUACCCAUAACUGAUUCAAUCUAAUUUCCAAAGAAUGAAGCUUUAAAGUUUAUCUGAGUCAAAACGUAUUUCCUCCUCAUACUACUGGUGUUUUAAGGCUACCUGUAAUGAAUUCCUCAUUUACAUCAAUUCCACUGGACACAACUGAAUAUACAUAUGACAGUGAGUCUACACCCUGCAGUUAUGAGUCAUCCAGGACUUUUGACUCCGUAUUCCUACCUAUCCUGUACUACCUGAUGUUUGCAUUUGGGCUGAUUGGUAAUGCUUUGGUAAUAUGGGUCUUGCUCAGGUAUAUUAGACUAAAAAGCAGAAGUAUGACUGAUAUCUAUGUGUUCAACCUGGCCCUUCUAGACCUAAUCUUUGUUUGUACCUUGCCAUUCUGGGCUGAUUAUACAGCAAGAGGAUGGCAUUUUGGGGCAUUUAUGUGUAAAACUGUCACAGCGCUAUAUAUGUUUGGUUUCUAUGGUGGCAUCUUCUUCAUUACACUAAUGAGUGUAGAUCGAUAUCUUGCAGUGGUUCAUGCUGUUGCUGCAAUGAAAGCACGAAAGCCCACAUGUGGAACAGUGGCAACUGUUAUUGUUUGGACAGCUGCAAUUUUUGCAUCCAUUCCGAUGAUUGUUUUCACUAAUACGGAAGAAGAUCAAACUGGUAUAAUGACAUGUGACUUUGCAUCAGAAUAUGUAAACUGGAAACGUUAUUGCUACUUGGAAACAAAUAUUUUGGGAUUGUUACUACCUUUUUCUAUCAUGCUUUUUUGUUACUCUCAAAUCGUACAAAAUUUACUGAGGUGUAGAAAUACAAGAAAAGAGAGAGCUGUGAAAAUAAUUUUUAUUGUAGUGAUUGUAUUUUUUGUUUUCUGGACUCCUUACAAUGUAGUUCUUUUACUGCACAGUUUUCAAUUCUUUCAUGAUUGCUUUAACAGUAUAAAUAUUAAUUAUGCUCUUACAAUAACAGAAACGUUAGCAUUUAGUCACUGCUGUCUAAAUCCAAUUAUUUAUGCAUUUGUCGGGGAAAAGUUUAAAAAAUAUCUGUCUAGGCUAUUUAAUAGUUAUGCCUUAUGUAUACCUAUUUGUAAAAAGUUUGUGUACCCUGAACGUUCUAUGUCAUCACAAUCACAGCCUACCAGUGAUCAAGAAAUAUUUGUUAUUCUGUAGGUAAAUAGUGUGUAUAUAGUAGGGUUCCUAACAAGCCCUCUUUGAUAAAUGCCAUGUGAACAUGUGAACCUUAUGUCUUAUUACAUUUAGAUGUACUUUAAAUGGUAUAGUAGCUUAUAUUUUAACUAUAGUCAUGCAAACAAGAAGUAGAUGUUUACACUGUUCCUACUGUUAUAACAAUGAUGAAGUUCAGUAACUGUUUGUAUAAUGAGCCGACCCAGCAGUGGUCAUGCAUUUUAUUCAUUGUGUUUUAUGAAAAAGAAAUGGAUUAAUGCCUUACUGAUGAUAAACUUACAAAAUGGAUCAUCAGAAUUUUUAAAUAAAAAGAC